AUGAAGUUUGGACAGAAUCUCCCUCGCAAUCAGGUGCCCGAGUGGGCAUCUGCAUACAUCAAUUACAAAGGCCUGAAGAAAUUGAUCAAGGCCGCCGUACAACACAGCAUCGAGGCUGGUGGUGAAGUCGAUCUUGCAGAAUUCUUCUUCGCCCUAGAUCGCAACAUCGAAGACGUCGACAGCUUCUACAACAGAAAACUCGCCGAAUUCUCACGCCGACUUAGACUUCUCUACGAUCGCUAUGGACAAGCUCCUCAGACACAAGAUGGCAUGGACAAGGAAGAGAUGGAAGACUUGAUGGGCGCACUAUUGGAGCUCAGAGGACAAUAUCGCAACCUCAUUUGGUUUGGCGAAGUCAACCGCAGAGGCUUCGUCAAGAUCACCAAGAAGCUGGAUAAGAAGAUUGAAGCCUCGCAUUCACAAAAGACAUACUUGGCCGCCAAAGUUGACCCCAAAGCUUUCGCAAACAACCGUAAAACCGAGUCAGACAUGCGUGCCAUCAAUGACUGGUUAUCGAGCUUGGGUGAGGUCAAGGUCUUUGAUGACACUGCCUCGAUUGCCUCAACUGGCUCGCUGCAUCGCGUAUCGUCUAGAAACGCUUUGCGCGUACCCACAGCUGUACUGGACAACCUAGAACAGAAUGUCCGCCAGGAUGAUCUUGCCAAGCUGCAGGAGCUCAUUUCAACAUCCUUGAAGGAUCUGUCUCCUUCUAUUGUUCAGAAAUUGAUGCUCAAUCUUCUGCAGCGAGCUAUCUCCGCAAGAUCGUAUGAUUGCGUCAAGUACCUGCUAUCACAAAUCUCCUCUCUGACUGAGGAUGAUGAUAUGAACAAACGAAAUGUCAUUCAUCGUAUGGUGAUAGCGACUGGCCGUGCAAGAGCUCUUGAAGAGAAUGGACCAGCUGCAGUUCCCAUUGGUGCUGAAACUAACUCUUUCAUCAAUGCAGCAGAGCUUCCAGUCCGUGUUCCUACUUCGUUCAAGGUCCAAGAGAAGGAUAUUGCUCAAACGCUCGGCCAGGACGAUCCUGCAAUCAAACUUCUUUCCUUCAUCCUCUCGAAUCUCUCCGCCGAGCAGAGAGCAGUACUGAAGGAGAGAGAUACAUACGGCCGUCUUCCUCUUCACUAUGCUGCUCAAUACGGUUUGGUAGCUGCAUCUCAGACUAUCAUGAAGUACAUGCAAGCUUGGGGUCAAUUUGAUGUCAGCAAGGGCAUUGAUUCUGACAUCUGGCAAGACGCUGAGGGAUAUGCUCCUCUUCAUCUCAGCGUCAUCGGUGGCCACUACCGAACCACAAAGGCUCUGCUGCAAGCUGAGGACUGGCAUGGUGAGACUGAAGACAGCCAUGCUGCCAGACGUAGUGUUGAGAAAUCAGGCGCUGCAUUGGCUUUGGCGACAAAGAACAAUUUCUACAUGAUCGUCAAAUUGCUGGUUGAGGCUGGCAUUGACAUCAACUAUCAAGACGAGCAAGGUGAAACAGCUUUGCAUGUUGCUGCCCGCUUUGGUUUUGUGGAGUGCACCAAGUCUCUUCUUGAAGGAUCUGAGACUCAAAAGGCCAACCUUGAGAUUACCGAGAAGACAUAUGGUUGGACGCCACUUUUCAUAGCCUGUGUCGAUGGCCACCUUCCGAUUGUCGAACUUCUGAUUGAAGCUGGUGCUGAGGUGAACAAGGCUGAUUUGUCGGGUUGGUUGCCUAUUGAACAUGCUGCCCUCAGAGGUCAUCUUGACGUUGCGAACAAGCUGGAGAACCUCAGCCCGACCCCUGAGAAUCUCGAUGCACCUUCACCACUCCUCAGACCUAGCAAUGCUCCAGGUACAUCACCCAAGAACAACUCUUCUAUUGGAGACCGACGAUCCAACGCUCCUCAAGGACGUGAUGCUCCUCGCAUACCCGAACCUGUCAAGACUUUCGGUCACAGAUACCUUACGGAUGAAUCCAUGGUGCUGGUCAGUCUCGGCUCUAUGGACAACCGUAAGAAUGUUCCUGCAGUCACUCUUGACAAUAUCCCCCUUGCAGACGCACAUGCUACUCAGUUGGAUACUGCUCUAUCGCUGGUCGUAGCGGCAACAGGUGCAAACGGAGAGCCAACAAUCGUGGAUCUGCCUGUUCAAGAGAACAUCAGCACUUCACCUAUCACAUUCAAGACACGCGACCCGACCAAAGUCAGACUGCUCUUUGACAUUGUUCCCACAUAUUCUGGUUCAAAGGACAAGAUUGUCGGUCGUGGUGUGGCCUUGCUUUCUAGUAUUAAGCCUAGCAUUGGUUCAAAGCGCAUGUUGCUUCAAGGUGACUUGAGUGUACCAAUCGUCGCUGCAGAGACUUUGGAUGUCAUUGGCUCUGUCAACUUCAACUUCCUCAUCAUUACACCUUUCCAGCAUCCCAACAUGCAUAUCGCCGAAGAUCAGACUUAUUGGAAGAGCACAUCAACACAAGUCAUUGGUCACCGUGGCUUGGGUAAAAACAUGGCAUCCAUGAAAUCAUUGCAGUUGGGAGAGAACACUCUUCAGUCUUUCAUCGCAGCUGCUAACUUGGGUGCCUCUUAUGUCGAGUUCGAUGUCCAACUCACCAAAGAUCACGUUCCUGUCAUUUACCACGAUUUCUUGGUUAGCGAGACAGGUAUUGAUGCACCUGUGCAUACAUUGACCUUGGAACAGUUCAUGCAUGCAAGCGAGGGUCAAACACCGAGAGGCUCACGUCCCCCAUCACCCAAGAGAAGUCAUUUGGAUGGUGUGUUUGAGCAAUCACGCAAGCAACGUUCUUACUCGCUUGGUGGUGCUCAAGAUGAACGUGCUCCUGACAUGUCUGAGCGCAUGAAGCAUACGCGUGACUUUAAAGAGAAAGGCUUCAAGGGCAACAGCCGUGGUAAUUUCAUUCAAGCACCUUUCACCACACUUGAAGAGAUGUUCAAGACGUUGCCAUCUUCGAUUGGCUUCAACAUUGAAAUGAAAUACCCCAUGCUCUUCGAAUCAGAAGAACACGACAUGGACACUUACGCCGUAGAACUAAACUCCUUCGUCGAUACCGUCCUCACCAAGGUCUACGAUCUGGGAACUGGCCGCAACAUGAUCUUCUCCUCCUUCAACCCAGACAUAUGUCUUCUCCUUUCCUUCAAACAACCUUCCAUCCCCAUCCUCUUCCUCAGCGACGCUGGAACCUCUCCUGUAGGCGAUAUCCGCGCCUCCUCCCUUCAAGAAGCCAUCCGUUUCGCCUCACGCUGGAAUUUACUCGGUGUGGUUAGUGCCGCUGAACCGCUGGUCACUUGCCCUCGCCUGAUUCGCGUUGUCAAGGAAAGCGGUUUGGUUUGUGUUUCGUAUGGCACGUUGAAUAAUAACCCGAGGAUGGUGCAGAGACAAGCUAAAGAGGGCAUUGAUGCUGUGAUUGUGGAUUCGGUGCUUGCCAUUAGAAAGGAGUUGACGGCUGCGCAGCAGAAGGCUGGGGAGCAAGAGCAAAAGCAAGAGCCUGAACCGGUUAUUGAAGUGCCGCAGGUUGUGCCUACGGCGAAUGGGGCCAAGACUAAUGGACAUGCUUGA